UUCACAGCGACAGUUUACUUGUCAGCUCAUCGAAGAAGGAGGAAAAUGAUGGCGAGACAUAGUAACUUUAGUUCUGUUAGUUUGACGGCGGGUUUGGUUUUAUACGUGCUGUUUUGCGUGUUUGAAUUGGGUGCUGCUUCUUCAGAGCGUGUAAAAACGGUGGAGUUUGACGUUAAACCAGGAGGAGAAGUUCAUACUUUCACAAAGGGCAUCGGGGAUUGUAAAUGUUCAUUCACCUACGCCUCACAAGGGGGAACCAAUGAGCAAUGGUUGAUGAGUAUGUUACUGAACCCAGAUGGCAAAUUAUUUUCCUGUAAUGUGUGGCGGCCACAGGGGAAAUCAUACCUGUUUUUCACCCAGUUCAAAGCUGAGCUGACGGGAGCCAAAAUUGAGUAUGCCAUGGCAUAUUCACAGACUGCAGAGUCGGGUCAGAGCGAUGUGCCUUUGAAACCGGAGGAAUUUACAGUCGGAGAAUCAACAGUGACCCACACAGAGGGAAAGUUCAGGGCUGAACUUUCAAAACUGACCCUCAUUGGAUUGACGCCUCGUGCCGAGCUCUAACUGUUCUGGAAUCUGGUUUGGUUUUGGUCCAUUAUUCGACCAGUCAGAGUAUUUGUGGAAGAUCUGAGGCCGAGCUUGUGUGUCUUAGCUCAGUCACCAAUGAAGGAAGGAUUUGGUGGAGUUCUUUCUGAAAAUCAAGAACUGGAGUCGGAUGCACCUUUCAUGGUACAGCUUUGCCUUUCAGAACAUUAUGUGGCAGGUACUCGGCACCGGUGUAUUUAAAUGGAUUUGGGACAAAACCACAUACAGUGGGGAAUCGGUUGUGCUGAAAUAUUUCUUUGACUACUAUAAAUAAUGAAAUUUCUUCUGAGCACAGUGUCUUAAUUAAAAUUCCACCAGAAGAUCAAGUGCUUCCAUAAUUUCUGAGGCUUUCAGAGCGCAAAUCUGUUCUGAUAACCUGUGGUGCAUGUGAACAAAUAUGAGUAGAAUAAUGUGGAGGCUGGUAAAGAAUCUCUAGCAUUAAAAAAAAAAAAAAAAUAGCAAGGACUGUAUCUAGGAUGUCUUCCUGAGGAAUGUAAUCACCAUGUUAAUAAUUACAUACAUUUUCCUUUAUCUCACAUUGCUUUCAGCUGAGCAGUUCUGGUAUUUUACCCCCCCCCCCCCCACUCCAUCGAAGCAAAGGAAAAAUUGAGGGGGAUUAAACUUAAACGGUAAUCACCCUGCUUGUUCCUCUGUCAAUGAAUCUUGUGUAACUCUUAAACUGUGUGGUUGAUUUCAUUAAAACUUCACACAGUGGUAGCACACAAUAUGAAGAUGUGCACGAAGGGAAACAACUUCAGUCACUUCAGUCUGAUGUUUUCAAGAGAAAUAAUUGGAAUUUUGUGUUUAAUUAAUGGAUCAAACAGUAUGAUGUUGACUUCAUAAGUGCAACUCCUCCUAAACCACUUUUAUCUAUUUUUAACAAAACUUCACAAUGGUAGCACACCAUAUGAAGAUGUGCAUGAAGGAAAAUGGUUCUAGUCUGACAUCUUCAGUGACAGAAAACUGGAAUUUUGUGUUUUAAUAAAUGCAUCACAUUGACACUGCACAGUUCCUCCUAAACCAUUUUAGAGAUUUCAGUGAAACAUCGCACCAUGAUAGCAUGAUACCAUAUGAACACAUAUGACGGAAAACAAUUUGUGUCCGACAACUUCAAUAGAAGAUAAAUGGACUUGUUUAUUAAAUACAUUAUAUGUUUCAUAUCAGAUUAAUUGAGUUGUUUAUUCACAAAGGACUGACUGAUAUAUAAUGCACGCAGGGAACUAUUAUAUGGACCCAUUCCAGUUGGUACUGCAUACCAUUACUGUUUUUCUUUGCUGUGUAACCUGAGCUACAGAGAAAGCAAUUCAGCAUUUUCAUUCUACUUGUGAGUAAACUCAUGUAACAUCAUUGUAAACGCACUACAAAUUUGCAAAUAUAAUACCCCGUCACACUAGAGGCCGAAUGCCGUCCGACUGAAAAUUUGACCUGCAUUCUGGAGGUGUCAUGGUACAUUUGAGGACGGUGGACAGCAGUCUGAGAGCAGUCUAAACAGUCAGCCAACUUCCUGUGGCUGAUUGGAAGUCAAGGUGGCCAAGCUGGAAAAAUAUCGUACGGCAGUCGAGGUGGACUCUAACUGCAAUCUGACUGCAUUCUAACUAUUCGCACGGCAUCAAAACAGCAUUCGAAACUGUCUGUCUUUGAGGGAAAGUCGCCAUGAUCAGGUACGUCUCAUCCUGCCGGCAUGUCCCGAACUGCACCCCCGUGCAUCCCGUUCGGGGUGUGCAAAGGAAAUAUUGUAAUGUGCAAAGUCUGUGGCACGUAGUCAUUUUAUGAAGUAGAUGUGAACAUUUGGCAUACCGUAAACACUGUGUUGCUGUGAGUCCAGAUGGCUGCGCACCGCGUCUGUCAGUGGACCAGCACACAAGCUCUGUUUGCCUGGCCUCUCUCUCGGACAUCAGACCUUUAGCGGACAGCGAACCUUCCUGCCAUCCGGCAGCUGCAAGCGGCGAUGAUGGCAGACAGUUCUGUUCUGUGUGGAAAAUUCUGGACGGAUCGGAGCUUUUACAUAAGACUCUUUGGAUCCUUGCUGCCGGUUCAGAUCAGGCCGGGGUUUAUACCCGUGCCUGCCACACAUGCAAUCACCGCACACGUGUCUGCCACGUGUGGAUGAAUCAGUUGGGGCGGGUCGGAGCGCAGUCUGGAUAUUCGGACGGCUGUCCUCCACAAUUCUUAUUCCCUCCCAGAUGUGACACAGAUUGUGGUUUGUUUGUUUUUUUUUUUACAUACUGCUUGAUUCAGCUUGGCUCAUUCUCAUUUGUGCUAAGUGUGACGGGGCCCUAAGUAAAUAAUAGUUAUAAUGCAUUUUGUUCAUUAAAAAGCUUCUCAUAUGUAAUUUGCACUGAUGGGUUGUAAUUUUUCAGUGAAUAUCCAGUUGUCUGGUUUGAUAAGUAACCAGAUAUAUUGCCAAAUAUUGUUCACAUGCAUCAUUAUUUCCUGAGCCAUUUUGAAGCCCUUGUUUUCGUCCCUCAGUGCCACACAUAAGGAUGAUGUAGGAGUUUUGACAGGUUUCAGAGCUGCACCCCGCUGUCUUCCUCACGCUGGGAAUUCAUUCCAGAUUUGACGUUUUUGUUUUGAUUCCAUGUUCGGGUUUCUGGCAAAGUAGUUACCGUGUUUUGUCUGCGCUCAGAUCCUCUGGGCUGAGAAAUUGCUCAGUAGGGAUGUGUGUGCCCCUUUGUCAUCAACAACAGGAAAUACCACAACCAGAUGCCGCCUCUGAAAGGAAACACAUGAGAUGUUACUUAUUGUGUAUGUAUUUUCUUUUUCUACUCUUUCUUCUGGUUGAUGAUUAUAGGUGACGGAUGUUUCAAUAAAGACAUGUCUGUUCUGUGGAGAAAGCU